AUGACAUUACCGGAAGAAGUUGCUAAAACUGUUGAGCUUUUUUAUAUUGAGAAUGGAAUACUGCAUGAAAUUAGUGAAAAAAUAGAGGAUGAAAUUGUUCGAGGUCUUGAAUUUGGUGCUUCGAAAUCAUCGAUUGCAAUGUUACUCUCUUUCAUUCCAGCUUUACCAGAUGGAAAUGAGGUAGGUAAAUAUAUUGCAAUUGAUUUGAGUGGGAGGAAUCUACGUAUUAUGUUGCUAACGUUAAAAGGAAGCAAUCAGGAACCAGAGCAGAUUAAUCACAAUUACGUUUUCCCAGCUUCUGUUAUGAAAGGAACUGGAGAUCAGCUGUUCACAUUCAUAGUCAACUGUCUGAUGAAAUUUCUCAACGAAAUGAAUCUGCUAAAUGCUUCACUACCAGUGGGUUUUGUUUUCUCCUAUCCAUGCGAGCUGCUUUCGAUACGCUCAGCGCGGUUACUGUGGUGGACAAAAGGCUUUGAUAUAAAAGACUGUCUGCAAAAAGAUGUAGUUAAACUUCUGGAAGAAGCCCUCGAAUUAAACAUGUUAACAAAUGUGAAAAUUGAAGUGGUGAUGAAUGAUACCGUCGGCCAGUUAGCUGCGACAGCUUACAAAUACGGUCAAGAGUGCAUUGUCGGUGUCGUCAUUGGAUACGGCUGUAAUUCAUCAUAUUUGGAAAACACUGCAAGGAUCAAGAAAUUUGAUGCUGCUGCUUCUGGAUAUAAAUAUGACAAGAUGGUGGUUGUUACUGAGUGGGAAGAAUUUGGUGAAAAGGGUGAAUUAGCUUCUAUUUUAACGCAGUUCGAUCGCGAUAUUGAUGAAGCAUCGGUUCAUAAAGGCAAACAAAUGAUUGAUAAGCUGACUGGAGCAUUAUACUUAGGCGAGCUGGUACGUCGUAUCCUCAUGCAGUUUAUAUUAGAUGGGCAUUUGUUCAAUGGAAAAUGUUGUGAAAAACUGGAUGAAGUGGAUUCUUUCCCAACAAAAUACAUUUCAGAAAUUUUGAGAGAUGAGGAAGGGAGUUUUAAAAUUUGUCGACGGAUAUGUGAUGAACUUGACGCUCCUAGUCACUGUACAGCCGAUUAUGAGAUCAUCCGCGAAGUUUGCCAUGCGGUGUCUCAGAGAUCUGCUGCUAUUGUUGCUGCUGCGAUAUCAGCGUUAUUGCGCCAUAUUGGUCAAAGUAACAUAAAAGUAGGAGUAGGUGGCGCAUUGGUACAGUUUCAUCCGACCUAUCUCUCAUUGCUGGAAAAUAAAUUGCAUGAUCUAGCUCCAGCAAAUAUCAAGUGGGAGUUGUUACCAGCGGAUGAGGGUAGCGCUAAAGGUGCUGCAAUGGUUGCCGCAGUAGCUGAAAAAAUGGCACUUUGA